AUUAAUCGAAUACUUGUUUUUACCAAACCUGGACGUGAUGAUGUUCUCCAAUGUCCAAAACCAAAAUGAUUCAUUUGAAAUUGAAAAUAUUCACAUUUAAGAAGCUGGAAAAAUCAGAAAGCUUGUUUAAAUUAUUGGAAAAAACACUCAAUUCGAAUGUGUGAUCACCCGAGCUGAUCGUAUGUGGUUUAAUAAAUCAUUUCCAUCUACAAUCGUGAUAAAAUGGGGGACUAAAUUUACCACCUUAAUGAAACGAAUGCGUGCUGCUGACAAAAGGAAGUAAACGUUUACCGCUGGAGGUGUUGGAUGUUUUUUACGGCUCAGCCGCCGUCCUGUCUCCUGCGGGCCUGCAGUUCCAUGCUAUUGGAGUUAAGCCGCAGCAAACGCCGCUCUCCCGGGCGACGCCGCAUUGUAUGUCACGCGCGCCCACAGAUGUGCGCAUGCGUAGUCGACUUGAUCCCGGAAGACGGUUUGUUUUGGUUUUUACAAUAACGUGACCUGUAUUUGUCCACAUGCAGGGCUACAUUGACUGUCAUUGUCACAUCUCCGCGGGGGAUUUUGACAAGGACUUGGAGGAUGUGAUUGAACGUUCCAAACAGGCCGGACUGUUGGCGCUCUUAGCUGUGGCAGAACAUGCAGGGGAAUUUGAAAAGAUUAUUUCAUUGUCACACAGGUUUCCAGGUUUUAUUUUCCCCUGCUUAGGAGUCCAUCCAGUUCAAGAAGUUUCCCCAGAGCAACAGAGAGGUGCUUCUCUCCAGGAUCUCGAUGCUGCUCUCCCCAUCAUAGAGAAAUACCAAGACCACCUUGUGGCUAUUGGGGAGGUUGGUUUGGAUUUUACACCCAGAUUUGUCAGCAAUGACACUGAUAAAGACAGUCAAAGGCAGGUCCUCAUUCGCCAAGCACAGAUAGCUAAGCAGCUGGAUCUCCCUCUAAAUGUUCAUUCACGGUCGGCAGGGAGACCGACCAUCCAUCUUCUCAAAGAACAAGGUGUCGAGAAAGCCCUGCUUCACGCUUUUGAUGGGAAACCGUCUGUUGCCAUGGAGGGAGUGAAGGCUGGAUAUUUCUUUUCAAUUCCACCUUCCAUAGUACGGAGUGAACAGCAGAAACUUGUAAAACAACUGCCAUUAGAAAACAUAUGUCUGGAAACGGAUUCACCUGCUUUGGGUCCAGAAAAGCAGGUGAGAAAUGAGCCCAAAAACAUCCCCAUCUCUGCUGAGUACAUCAGUAAAAUCAAAGGAGUGUCACUGGAGAAGGUGAUGGAGGUGACGACGCAGAACGCCCUUCGACUCUUCCCCAAGAUAAAGUCAGUCAUCAAACCCUGACGCGGCCUUAAAGCUUCCUGUCUGUUUAAUCAUGUCAUGUCAACAAACAAACAGAUUCAUAAUAUCCAUACACAAAUAAAGAUGAGAUAACAUUUUGAACACAAGACUGCUGUAUUUUCCCCAUGUACGCUACAUGUGAGUCAUCCAACCGUUCACUCUGUCACGUAACAACAGCUACUCACUGACAACAUUCAUGCGAUAACUUGUUUUAACGUAUCAUUGUGAGUAAAUUCAUAAAAUAUUUAUAUGGACUGAGCAAAGCAGAGCAGUUAUACGAUUACCUUUGUCAUUUCCCCUGUCACUAUAAGUAUUAAUUCCUAUGUUGUUGCUCUUUAUAAUUAAAUGGUGAUUCAUGUUCCACUCCGAAACAGCUGCUAAUGAAUGUCAAACUGUCGCGGACCUGGAUCAGUCACAGUUCACAGUUGUAUGAGGUAUUAAAUGCAAACUCAUGAGCUCAAAAUCAUUGUUUCAUUGUUUUUGACCUUUGUUUUAAAACAUGUUGUAGCUGUUUUCUUCACUAAAUACAGCAGCAGUGAGAAUAAACAAAGCAGAAGUAUGAACAGUGUUUAAAGCACAUGUAUUCUUGUGUUGUACUGAGAACAUUAAGAACAUUGUAUGAAAUACUGUACAUACAGUAUGUAAAUAUUUGGUGAUGGGAUAAAGUUAGUAAGUUUAUACUUCUGCCUACUCCUUGUGACAUGUGACAAGAUGUAAUUGUUGUACUGGUGUUUGAAAUACAAACUAUAUAUACCCUUGUAAGAUCCGGUAGCAAUUUAUUAGGAACAUCUGGCUAAGCUUAUAUUGUUCCUUUGUUUUGAACAGGAAGUCGAGGAAAUCUCGGCUCUAGGUAUCUAUGAAGCUGAAAUUACUUUUCUGGAUUAAAUGAUUAUGUUUUUAAGUCCAGGUUACGUUCAUAUUUUCUUAUUUUUAUUCAUUUAGUUUUUAGUGAUAACCUUAAAUGAAAGUUUGCAACUGUUAUUCACUUACACUUUUACUCAGAUCAUUUAUAUUUUUGGGGCUUAAAUACAUUUCAGUGUUGUUGUUUUUUUAAGUAUGUG